AUGCCCACCCAGCAGACCAAGUUCGUCCUCGCCCACGACAACUUCGGGGCCAACCAGAAGGCCAUUAAGGCUUGGAGGGUGGACGGGGAGACCCCGAAGCGGCUGUGGAUACAAGACGACUUUGCUGCAAGGUGUAUUCAAGUCCACUGGGGCCCCUUCGACGAGACAGUAAUAUCAACUCACGAAAACGGGGACAUCAUGGUGUGGGACGCUGCAACCGGCGAGUACAUCAGCGAGCUGCGCGGCCACAAGUCCCUCAUCACGUGCAUGAGUUUCUCUGACGACAGAAUGCUGGCCCUCACGAGCUGCUCAGACGGCACAGCAAAGUUAUGGUCAACGAAGGACUGGGAGUGUUUGAAGACGUACACUACCGACCGGCCAUUGAACUCUUGCGCGCUGAGUCCGCUGCUGACCCACCCUGGCUCCGAGCGGAAGCUGCACUUGCUGCUGGGUGGCGGACAGGCGGCUGAGGAUGUCACAACUACAGGGUUUCUCCAUCUGGAAAGCACUUUCGCGGGCACGAACAAACCUCCGGAGGGUCCAAGUGUGCACGGAAUGCACUGCGCAGCGAGCGGGGAAGGCAAGUUCGAGGCGCUGCUGUACCACGUAGUGCGCGGCGAAGAAAUCGCUAGCUGCAAAGGCCACUUCGGGCCGCUGCACACGCUGGCUUGGAAGCCAGACGGCAGCGGCUACGCCUCUGGCGGAGAAGACGGCUACGUCCGCCUCUACUCCUUCGACGAAGAGUACUUCACAGACGACAAGUUCCAGUGA